GCUGCUGGAUUCAUGGAUGUACCGCUGAACCGCUGUUUGCGUUGUUAAAGUUGUUUUCAGUCCGUGUUAUUUUACUGCGGCUUUUCUUUCACAAUGCCUCUGUGAGGAAGGACUGCCUUCUGACAGAGGUCACUCCAAAGGUCUCGAGAGGGAAGUAAAGGCGCGCUUCAGCUGCUGGACUUUGGCGGGACGGACAGGGCAGGGCAGGGACUAUGUUCUCAUCAGCAGGGAAGCGCGGUUUCACUAUUGAGUCUUUGGUGGCGAAGGAGAGCCCAUUAACGGGGGAAGACCCUAUCCGCCCCACCGCGCUAAGCUACCCAGCCCCCACUGACAGUUUUCUGAGCGCUUAUCCUAGCCCAGCAGGUCGCGCGCUUUAUCCCAACCCCGAGCUCGUUUUCCCGGAGUCCGUGCAGCACGCGCCAAUCGGCGUGCACCCGCACCAGCUCGGCGGCGCGCACCUUCAGCACCCGCACUUCUUCAGUACGCAGCACCGCGAGCCUCUCAAUUUCUACCCAUGGGUCAUGCGAAACCGAUUUUUUGGGCAUCGGUUUCAAGGGAAUGACGUCUCACAUGACUCGUUGUUGCUUCAUGGACCUUUCGCGCGGAAGCCCAAGCGGAUCCGGACAGCUUUCUCCCCCUCACAGCUCCUGCGCCUCGAACGAGCUUUCGACAAGAACCACUAUGUAGUGGGAGCAGAACGCAAACAGCUCGCCAACACUCUGAGCCUGUCCGAGACACAGGUGAAGGUGUGGUUUCAGAACCGCAGGACCAAGUACAAACGACAGAAGCUGGAAGAAGAGGGACCAGAGAGUACACAAAAGAAGAAGGGUAAUCACCACAUCAACCGGUGGAGAAUUGCCACCAAACAGGCUGGAUCUGAGGAUAUAGAUGUCACAUCUGAUGCCUAGAACCCAUUUGUACCAGGCCGAAGCUCACGCACACGGCCAUGAGAAGCUCUAUUUAUUUAUGUUUUAAAGAAUAAGUGUGUAUGAGUCGAAACUUGGCUGCUGUGUGUGCAUGCACGCACGUGUGUGUGUGAGUGAGAGAGAUUCAGUCAGCAUGUAAAUCAUCCUGUUCUUUUCCUCUCUUUGGAAACAUACUCAGCAGUAUGAUUUUGCUCUUUCUCCUCAAUACUGGCAUCAGAAGAUUGCCACUAAAGAUAAUUUCAUUUUCCAACAUGUAACCUACCAAUGUCAGUUACCAGAUUUGUACUAGCAAGAACACUCUUUAAUGAUGGUUACUUAAAGCAUAAAAGUAUAUUGUAUCUCUAUAUACAGGGACAGUUCAGUCAAAUUCCUGCGAUCAUUAGAGGGUUUUUUCCCAUAUUUUUAUUAAUGUUUUCCGGUAGCAGUUGAUGGUGAUGGCAAAACAAACAAACUGUGAUGCAAGGAAGCAUUUUGCAGGCCAGUUUCGACAUGAUCUACCCUCAGUGUAGGAGAAAGAGCUGUCUCUGUGUGUGUGUGUGUGUGUGUGUGUGUGUGUGUGUGUGUGUGUGUGAUUAACUGAAUGCUCUGUUCUUGUUCAGUCAUGGAAUGCAGGCUGCUGGAUGCAGGUUAUAGUGUGGCAGCUUCUGAAUAUUUCUCUGAUUCAUAAACAGAAACUACUGAAUAUUUGCCAACUGUCACAUUAAUGCCUGUAUA